AUGGAGAGCUCUCUUGACAGAAUUAUUGCUCUUUGUAAUGAAGCCAAGACCAAAUUAAAUGCUUACAACAAAUAUAACGCUUCUUUCUCUUUAGCUUCAGACAAAAGCCAGCCAUUAGAAGUUCGUUAUAAAGCUGCUCAAUCACUUUUUGACAAGGCUUCAGAGAAUGUUGCACUUUGGGAAGCUUCCCAAAGUGCACUCAAAACUGUGAACAAGUCUCUUGUCGAUCUUUCAGAUCAAUUUACUUCUGAAUUGAGUCGAAGUGAAAACAAAGCAGAUGAAUACAACAAAGUGUAUUGUCUCCUCAAAAGUGUAGAAGAAGAGAGAUUUGCAGUUCAAAUGCACGCGUUGACUACGUCGAGCCAAACAAAGAUAGCACCCAAGAUUACAGACAAACAAUUAGCAUCACUUCUACCUCGAUAUAUCAGUAAAGUCGAGCAACAAAAGAUAGAGAUGUGGAUGAGAAAGACGACUUCUCGCCAAACACAUCAGUUUUUGGAGAGAAAAUCAAUCAAAUUGAGAAUUUGUGUUACAUAA